AUGUUCGUGGAGCUUAUCCAGGCAGAUGUGGAUUCUGAGGCGUAUCCAUGGACAAUCCUGCACAUAAGCGCCGUCACCAGCGCGGGUAACAUUCCCGAUGCCCAGCAUGCGCUGGCCGAAAUGCGUCGGACAGACUCACGCAUCAACUUCGUGGCGCUGUAUGCAGACACUGGGUCCAUGUUGCUGUGCCAAAGUUACAAGCUAAACAUGCUCUCCCCGGACUACAUCUUCAUCGUGGCAUCUGGUUGGUGGAACCCUGGUUUCAUCUUGGAGAGAGCAGGUGCCGCGGAUUGUCCUUGCACUGCAGAGGAGUUGCACCGUGCAGCAUAUGGUAUGUUGGCGCUGGAUCGCGGUCCUAUGCAACAAACCAAUGAUCUGCAUGAACUCUCUGGUGUGCGACUUGCAGACAUCUAUGCAAACUACACAUCCGAAUGUAAUGGCUUUGCCAACGGCAAUGGCCCUUGCAACCACCAGUGGGCUGCAUAUUUCUACGAUGGCUUGUGGUUGAUUGCGCAUGUUCUGCAUGCUUAUUUGGUAGAUGGAGGGAGGUCAAUAUCCGAUCUGCGAACUGAAGCCUCGCGCCAAGCCCUUUAUGACUUGUCACUUUCAACAGACUUCGUCGGCCUGACUGGACGGGUGCGGCUUUUCAACUCCGUGGAUCCAACUACAACACCUCCCUCACAUGGAGACCGGGAAGGAAUCAUCCUUUUCCGCCAGGUGGUCGGAAGCUUCGACAAUGCCUUUAAUGAGCUAGCCUACCGGACAGAUUCUGGAAUAGAGUUCAAGGCAGACAUCGCUUGGAGCCCUGAUCCCUUGCACCAUCUUUCCUGUAGCACUGGAACUUGUGAUUUAUCUUCGGGGCAUGUGCCCAAAGAUCGUGGAGACAGUUGCCCGGAUGGAACAGUGUUUUCUAUCGAACUUGGUUGCAUCCAGUGCCCUCCUGGCGAGUAUGCCACGAGUGGGAUGCAGGAAUGUGGUGAAUGUGCACCAGGGUCUUUCGCAGACCAGCCCGGAAUGGCAGGCUGCACUUUGUGUGGUGCUGGUACGAAGGCGCCAUUCCCGCGGGCAUCGUCGUGCCAGGAUUGUCCUGCAGGCCAGUACAUGGACGAGCGGGGUGCUUCGCAAUGCAAGAAGUGUCCGCUGGGGCAAUAUGCAGAAAAUGACGGCCAGCAGCAAUGCACCAUGUGCCCCCCGGGCCAGACCACGAGUUUUGAGGGCGCUGCCGAGCUUUCCGUCUGCACCUGUGACGGCUUCUAUUACCAGCAGCAGUGCAUCAGAUGUGCCUUCGGGACACGCUUUGUGGCAGGGUCCUGUGUGAGAUGUGAUCGCACACAGAUUUGCGAAAACGGCUUGGUUGCAGGCAACGCCACGACGGAUGAAGAAUGGGGCAUCACCAUCGACACGGCUGGGCGGCAGCGCACGCUUUCACAGAUAAUGACGAACGAGUUCUUGAUGGUCACCUUGGGAAUCGAUGUGGCAAGACACAAGCAGGUAAUGCAGGAUGCAAUGACCCUUUUUGAAGACACUCUCGAGGACCUGCACGUAGGGAACCCGCAGCUGCAGAUCAUUCCAGCCCCGAGCGAGGAUGUGCGUGAAACCAUCGAAAACGAACUGACAGAGAAGAAGCUCGCAAUGUAUGAGCUGCUGAAUGACAAUGUAGACUUGUCCACAGACGUCUCGGAAUCAGUUCUCCACUCUUUGUAUAUUCAAAAUCAGCAGCUGUUCGAUCUCUCUAACCAGGUGGUGAGCCUCCUUGUCGAUGCAGCCCAGUCUGCCGGCGCACGCUUGAAUGGCUUGCUUGCAAACACGGCCGGACGCCAGCGGUCUCUCAUUCAGAAGAUGUUGAAAAACGUGUUGUUUGUCGCCAAGCGGGUAGAUGUGGAAUCUAACGUGGAAGAAUUGCGCAACAACCUCGAUGUGUUUGAAGCCAGCCACAGCGCCAUCCUCCGCGGUGCCGAGUGGGCUGGUAUUCCUCAGCUGACUCGCAUGUGCACUAUACAUCAAAUGAAGUCAGUCACGUUUUACUACCAGGAAGUCCGGGGUUUGGCUCGCAAGGUUUUCAAUGCACGGUCACAGGCCGAAAGCAUUGAUACCGCAUUGCUUGUGGCGAGCAACAUGUCUGCGAACGUCGACCCGCUUGCUGUCGCAAUGAGCGAGGCAGUCAAACUUUAUGUGAAUGACCCUGGUGACUGUGACCCCCUGGCGACGAUCACAGACAGUGAGUGGGCCAAAUUGCUGGAUGGCCUUGCUGAGCAACAGAUCACCAGUCAGAAGAUAGCUCGGCUUUACAUGCAAGUCGCGAACAAUGUCAUGGUCGAGCAGAGCAAGGUGGACCUCGCUGUGGAAGUCACCAGCAAUACGCA